AUGAAUAGUCUUAAGCCUUUGAAUAAGAAUGCAAGUGCUCAGAUUGAGCUGACCAAACUGGUGUCAAAACGCUGGUGUGUUGAUUUCAAUUCUCGCUCGCGAACCGGUCUCACUACUAAUGGACCUUGCGAACAAUCGAUUCAGCCCGUAGGUUUUAGCGACAGAACUUUUCCCCACUCUGAGACGCGUGAGCAGGAUCCGCAGUUGAAGGUUAAGCGGAGCUGGGAUAUUGCUUUGGGUCCUCUCCGUCAGAUUCCAAUGAACCUUUUUAUCAUGUGGAUGACCGGAAACUCAAUUUCGAUUUUUCCGAUAAUUAUGGUCUACAUGAUGUUUACACGGCCCAUACAAGUGCUCUUUUCAAUGCAAACAACUCUUCAAAUGAUUGAAGGUGAGCAGGCUCCAAUCCAAUGCCUUGUUUUCAUUUUGGGGAAUCUUCUAAUGGUUGCUAUGGCUAUAUACAAAUGCCAUAAUAUGGGUCUUCUU